ACGCCUCGAACAGGGCAAGUCGCUUGUUGCAUUUUUGGUGGAGCUGGUCGCUGUAUCGUUCUUCGACCCCCCCACCCACCCAAACUCACACACACAGAUACUCGCUGGUGCCCGCAUCGCCACCAUAUUGCCACCAAGAUGAUGAUCCCGGAGUAUUCCCCGCGGGGAACCUCCAUCACCUACAGGAACGUCACGGCUGUGCCGCCCAUGGUGUACCGCCUGAGCCUCAAGCCGGCGUCACUUUCGCCAUCCAGCUCCCCAAUGGCCUCAGCCGCCACCCCCACGACACCAAGCGCGACCGCCAUAGUCUACGUGCCAAGCCGCCCCACCAUCUCGAACAGCUCCAGUACAGGGACACUGGUGGCCACUGGAAGUUUCCGCCGCACUCGCAGACGUAAAAGCCACUCGGAGUCGGCACUGCGUCUGGAGCGCAUGCUAGCCCCCGCCGCCCCGACCAGAGGCGCCGCGCGUACUCGCCCGUACUCAGCAGGCGACGAGAUCGACCUGGUCCGCACAGUGGCCAUCUCUGGAUAUUCCAAGAAUAGCCAUGGCACCUGGAUGUUUAAGGUGGACGUUGGUGGACCCAGCGACAGUAACGCUUAUGUGGUGCGUCGCCGCUUCACAGACUUCAAGUUGCUGCACGAGGGCCUGUCAAUGCUGUCAGAGCUGCCCGAGCUGCCACCACAUGGCAUCGUGUCGGUCUUCCAGAUGUUCGUGUCUCCUGAUAAGCUGCUUACCGCACGAGCGGCGCGCUUGCAGGAGCUCCUUCUGGUAAUCCACGCGCAUCCGACGCUAUGCAAGAGUAAGGCGUUUAGCACCUUCAUUGGUAAGAACCCGAGCAGCUACGACGCUGGCUAUGUGAGUCUAUCGGGCUACGAAGUGCCAGCAAGCCAGCGACCGAGUCCAGCAGGGUCUUUCGACGCCAGCUUCUCGGUGUAAAGAGGGAGAGAGAAAGAAAGAGAUAUCGUCGAAGUAGAAGAAGAGAACAAUAACGAGGGAACACAACAAUCAACAAGAGGGAGAGACGAGAGAGGGCGAUUUGAUCGAAGAUCAUGAAGACACCACACACGUACAAUAGGUGGAGCUACUGGAGAAGAAAGUAAAUUAUUUAUUUACUGAGUUUAUCGACCCAUGUACUGCAAGGGUGCAAUACACGUAACCAUGAGUGUGUCU